CGCGGAGCCACUAAGUCGGGACGCGGUUGUUUUCAUUGUGGAGUAGCGUGGUGCACGGCGGCUGCUGUGGUGGUGGUGGUGUUGGUUGUGGUUUGUAAGCGGCCUUUUGUGUCUCUGCGGAGGGAUCUCAUCGACGAAGGCGAUAAGCGGGGCAACCCCCCCCCCCCUACCCACCACCCCCAAGAGUUGUAGGACGCGGCCGGUGAAACCGCGAGCAAAAACGACCGCGCGAAGCGCUCCAACGUCCGCGGAUUUGGAAGGCUACGGCGCAUUCAAGAGCGACAUGGCCGAGCCGAUGAUAAUGUCCGCCAGCAGCCACCAGAUGCUGCCGGGAUCUUCGGCUGGCCCGGUCUACCCCUACCGCCAGUACGCGCCGGGCAUGCAGUACCAGCAGAGCGGCCACCCGGGAGCCAUGGGCCGGGUGGGCAAGCCCCACCAGCUGGGAGUUCGACCCGGCCACACCAUGGUGGGCGGAGGUGGUGGUGGUGCCGGAAACGUGGCCAUGGCUGCGGCUCACGGUGGCAUGCACCCGGGACACUUUCUAAGCGCGCACCACCAGCAGCAGCAACAGCAGCAGCUACAACAACAGCAGCAGCAACAGCAGCAGCAACAUCACCAGCAAGCGCCACCAUCUGCCGCACAGCAUGCAUUGCAGCAGCACCAUCAGCAGCAGCAGCAACAGCAGCAGCAGCAGGCCGCGAUGCAUACCCACAAACUGCACCACUUGCCGAGCGGCGGUCACCACCUCUCGCACGCCGCGCAGCAUUACGCUGCGUCGGGUCACAUGCUGGUGGGAGCUCACGGCUACUACGGGCACAGCGUGGCCAUGCACGGCGGUGGCGGCGUGGGCGGCGUGGGGGGCGUCAUGAUGGGCCACAUGGGAGCCUCUUUCCCGGGAGUGGUGGCGGCCGCGGCGGCGGCGGCAGCGCACGCAGCGACGAUGCCAAAUGCGGAUGCCUUGGACGAGGAGCUUCUGAUGUCGCUCGUGUUGGAGCUGGGUCUGGACCGUGUGCAAGAGUUGCCGGAGUUGUGGUUGGGUCAAGAUGAGGUUGACUUUCUGUCCGGAGUGUAUGCCCACUGAUGAAGAGUUAUUUUUUUUUCUUCUGUGCGGGGCUUUUUUUUAUUUCGACUUUUGGCGCCGUUGCCAGGACUUGAUCUUCGUCAUCUGUCUGCAUCCACAACCCACCGAUUUCUCCCCCCCCCCCCCCCAGUUCAUUAUACAUAGCCCCCCUCCCCUUCCAUCCACCUAUACAUACAAAUAUAUUAUACUUCAAGGACUUUGUGCAAAAAAGUAAAUAAUUAAAAAGUAAUAAAAGUAAACCAAUUCAUUUGUGUGUUUUUUCGCAAGACUUGUAAAUUGAAACGCGUCCAGUGCGAUUUUAUUUUUGGAGUUUUGAGGCCGCGUCUUGGCACCCCCCUUGAGAGUGACGUCCUCCUUGUGCUCGCAUCAACAACAACAAUAUUGCCUGUGGGAUGGUGGUGGGGGGUAUGGGGGGGCAUCCUGUUGCAAGUUGAAUAACUGUUAAUUGACGGCAAAAAACGAAUCCUUUUCUGACGUUCGCCCUCUAUUUUUGAGGGUGUGAGAACUUGCAAAACAUGUACGCGUGUGCUGAUUAAUUCACACACCCCCCCCUUCCCUCCCGACUGAAGAUUUUUGUAGCUUUUGUUCAGAGGUCUUUUUGACCUUUCAUCAGGAGCAAGUGAGAAGCCCCAUAUUUAUUGGCGACAGCGCCCACACCCCAUCCCCAUGCGUAAGCCACGCACGAAUUUUUAUGAUUCCAAGCGGUUUUAAUUCGUUAACGACAACAACAACAACUCCAUCGCAUGUGGUGUUUUUUUCCUUUCAAGAAAACGCAAACUUCGACAGCAUUGAUCUUUUGCUUUUCAAACGUUUAGACGAAAAUGUGUAAAGGAGAUGCACGUUUUUUAUUUAAUCCGUUCAUUUUUUUCAAGGUUGUGUACAUUUUUUUUUGGUUCGAUGUAUUGCAUUUGAUUUUGAGUGGAAGCCUUUGUUGAAACGUGUUUUUUUUUUUUUAAAGAAAUGGCCUCCCAAUUGUAUUUUGAAGAUGUUAAAUUAAAUCUGCCGCGUCGGCUGACCUGAAAUGCGUACAUUACAAAGGUUGGACAUUUUUUUUCUGUGCUUCAAUUUUGCAAGACCACUUAAAACACUUGUACAUUUUGCCUGCUGCGCGCCCUGCACAAUGUACAACGAAUAUUCGUCGUUUUGUAAAGUAAUAACUUUUAAAUUAUGAGCCACUGUACGUUACGUUUUCUCUUAAACAUUAAAGAAAACUGUUUUUUUUAA